AUUCAGUCGCGUCCGACUCUUGGCGAUUCUAUCGGCCAGAUCUCUCCACAUCUAUAGGCACAUGUGUGCCUGUAGGAUGUGAUCAAAAAGGUCCAGAUGGCAGUCCUAGUGGUACAAUCCAAGAUUUGUCUGUUUGAUAUAUCUGUCAUGCGUGCCAUAUGCUGUAUGUUUUUAUUUGUAUGCAUAUAUAAUAUAUGUUUUAAUUGGUGUGUAGUUUGCAUUGUGGAUAGCAUUCAAUUUCAUUGUGAGAAAAACACAACACAAUAUAUUCUAAUUCUAAUAUACAUAUAUAAUUCUAAUGUACAUAGAAAACAGGCAGAGCUUAGAAUAGAUUAUGCUGUUAUGUUUGCUAACUGCAUUUUUUUGGGGGGGCGUGCCAUGCUGAUAACGCCUGCACCCACGGUGUGUUAUUAGCCAACAUUAACAGUUUGCAUAUGUGAUUGGUACAGUCAAAAUAGAAGAGUACUUACGCUAUUUUAAGGGGAAUAUGGAAUGGGAAAGCUCUCUGUUUUUAAUGUUAUAACUAGUCCUGUACCAAAUCCACUAAAUGAAUGAAUACAUAAUGAUAUCUGAGCUCUUAAAACUCCAGGGCCUUUUAAACUCUGUGUACUUGUUAAGAAAAAUAGAUUUACAAGCCUAAACUACUCGUUGUGCAAAAGGCCAGAAUAUUUGACUCUAACAAAAAUAUUAAGCAGUCAACUGCGUUCUUUUCCAUUUCUGUGUUUUUUUAUAAGCACAAAAUAGUUUAGAACUAUGACAAACAGUUGGAAGCGUCAGAAAUCUAACAGACCACGAUUCCCUUUUGUUCUGUCCUUAGGAGAAUCUUGUUCACAUACCUAUCUGCGAAGAUUUAACUCCAGGAUCCGCACCCAGGAUCUGUUUUGCCUCGUUUCACAAGGACGGCAUUGUUUCAGGUAGCUCAGGAUGGGAGAUCAGAGGCAACGUUCGUUAUCCACGUCCGGAGAGUCGCUAUAUCACGUUCUAGGACUGGACAAGAAUGCCACCUCAGAUGAUAUUAAGAAAUCAUACAGGAAACUUGCAUUAAAAUAUCACCCGGAUAAGAAUCCAGAUAAUCCAGAAGCCGCAGAUAAAUUUAAAGAGAUUAACAACGCCCACGCAAUAUUGACUGAUGCUACCAAAAGAAAUAUUUAUGAUAAGUAUGGUUCUUUGGGCCUGUAUGUAGCAGAACAGUUUGGAGAAGAGAACGUGAACACCUACUUCGUGUUGUCCAGCUGGUGGGCCAAGGCGCUGUUCGUCUUUUGUGGGCUCAUCACCGGGUGCUACUGCUGCUGCUGUCUCUGCUGUUGCUGUAAUUGUUGCUGUGGAAAGUGUAAACCGAAACCCCCCGAAGGAGAGGAACCGGAAUUUUAUGUCUCUCCAGAAGACCUGGAGGCCCAAGUACAAUCAGACGAGAGGGAGAACACCGAAGGCCCCAUCGUGAUCCAGCCAGCCUCGGCCACAGAGACGACUCAGCUCACGGCAGAUUCUCACCCCAGCUACCACACCGAUGGAUUCAACUAAGCUAAGGAAGCACUUAUUUAACCCGGAUGGAUCAGAGUAAAUAAUUAUAUGGCCAAUCCAGCACUAGAAUCAUGGACAAUUAGGCAUAGAUUAUGGGGGAAGGGAGGCAUUCGCCAAUGGUCAAUUGGGCAGCUUCACAACCGGCCGACAAAACAUUUUGUAAUCCCCUCGUCAUCUUUUUUGUCACCUUCAGUGUCGUAUCUCAAUGAGACAUGGAAGUACUGUAGCAUGCCAAACCUGAACCUGUUUAGCUUUAGUCUUCUUCUUCUUUUUCUUUCUUUCUUUCUUUCGUUGUUUUCCCGUUCCGUUUUUCAAAAAGGAAGAAUAGCAUGUGUCAAGUUUACAUUAUAAACGUUUUUUUUGUGUUGUCAAUGUACUAAGGAGUUGAUCAUGAUGAGCGUGACGGUUGCAUUCUGCAUUUUUAAGCAGCAAGACCGGUUAGAAACAAAUGAGGCACUUUUUCAAAGAGGACUUAAAAUUUAUCCGAGGAGCCACAAAACUUCCAUACAGUUGAGUUACGAACCCCCUCCUGCUCCGCUGGAGAGCAGCAGAGGUGGCCCCCUUGCCCGUAGGUCCCUGGCUUCUGCCUCCAUAAAUUUAUUUGG